AUGAAGGAGUUGAAUGAACAUUUAAAAAGUUCAGUUGUUAUUAAUCAGAUUGAGUAUAUUUCUUUGGAGACACGAAAAUGUAUUCCUAUAAAAGUGCUUUCUAAGGCUUACACAACAAUUGCUGAAUUAAUUGAAGAAUAUAAUAAUAUCAUUGGUUUCCCUAGUUUAUUUUUCUGUGGUACUAUGCUGUUGAAUAUGUUGGUACCGAUUAAUAUGGCGUUGUUAUUUGUUUAUCACAUUCCAAUUAAUGCUAAUCACACGUUUGGUAUACCGUUUGUGAUUUAUUGUGUGCUAUGGCUUAUAUUUCCAAUUGUGUUUGGUUUGGAAUUAUUCGCUGCUUGUGAUGUAGUAGAAAAAGAAGUCGCAAAAGUUCCACAAAUAUGUCACUCGUUGAUUAAGAGGCUUGGUAAUAAUGAAUUUAAACUGAAAAAUGAAUUGAAUGAUUAUGCAACGCAAGCUAAUCAAGUAAAACCAAAGUUUACAGCUGCUGGAUAUUUUGAUAUCAAUUUAGGAUUGACUAUGCCUAUGUUUGGGUCUGUUUUUACUUAUGUUAUUGUAUUGUUACAAUUUAAAGAUUUACAAUAG